AUGGCCUUCACCCUUUCAGAGAUCAUGGCUGCGCGGCGGCAGCAGCAGUCCCAGGCCCAGCGGGCGGCAGGCAGGGUGGCCGUGGAGGUGGAUGAAUACAGCACCAACCCCACCCAGGCCUUCACCUUCUACAACAUCAACCAGGGACGCUUCCAGCCCCCGCACGUACACAUGGUGGACCCCCUGCCCCACGACACUCCCAAGCCGCCAGGUUACACCCGUUUUGUGUGUAUCUCAGACACCCACUCCCGUACGGACGCCAUUCAGAUGCCCUAUGGAGACGUGUUCAUCCAUGCUGGAGACUUCACAGAGCUGGGCCUGCCCUCUGAGGUCAAGAAGUUCAACGAUUGGCUAGGCACCUUGCCCUAUGACAUAAAGAUAGUGAUUGCGGGGAACCAUGAGUUGACCUUUGACCAGGAGUUCAUGGCUGACCUGAUCAAGCAGGACUUCUACUACUUCCCGUCGGCCUCCAAGCUGAAACCAGAGAACUACGAGAACGUCCAGUCCCUGCUCACCAACUGUAUCUACCUUCAGGACUCAGAGGUCACCGUACGAGGCUUCCGCAUCUACGGCUCCCCCUGGCAGCCAUGGUACUAUGGCUGGGGGUUCAACCUGCCAAGAGGUCAGGCUCUGCUGGACAAGUGGAACCAGAUCCCCGACUCCACCGACAUACUGGUCACACACUGCCCCCCACUGGGGUUCCUGGACUGGGUUCCUAAGAAGAUGCAGCGGGUGGGCUGUAUGGAGCUGCUCAACACUGUCCAGAGGAGAGUACAGCCCAAGCUACACGUGUUCGGACACAUCCACGAAGGUUAUGGUAUGAUGACUGACGGCACCACCACGUUCGUCAACGCCUCGGCCUGCACCGUCAACUUCCAGCCCAUGAACCCGCCCAUCGUCUUCGACCUGCCCAAUCCGGCCAGGACCACAUGACUAGAGAAGCCCCGCCCUGCUGAGCCCCCCUCCAAUCAGGAGCCAAGUGGUGGGAAGGCAGAUAGGUGAGGGUGGUGGGCAGGUGUGGUCGAGUACUGUUUAUAGUCAAUGCUCUAACGGAUGCUGUGUGUGUGUGUGUGCGUGUGUGUGCGUGUGUGUGUGGCACAACACACACACACAAGCCCAAGUCUCUUACAGACGAUG